AUGCAGAUUUUUGUAAAAACUCUUACCGGGAAGACUAUUACAUUAGAGGUCGAAGCAUCUGACACAAUAGAAAAUGUCAAAGCUAAAAUACAAGAUAAAGAAGGCAUUCCUCCUGAUCAACAAAGACUUAUAUUUGCCGGCAAGCAGUUAGAAGAUGGAAGAACUCUUUCGGAUUACAACAUUCAGAAAGAAUCUACUUUACAUUUAGUCUUACGUCUCCGUGGAGGUCUUACACGCGAUGUGGUCCGCCUUCGACCCUGUGUUGCUUUUGUUUGGAGAACGGAUCGAGAACAAGGUCACACAGGUAAAAUGGCAGCCAGAGUACAGAGAUCGGUUGGGGCUUGA